ACAAACUGUAAACUGAAUCGUUUACACCGGCAGCAAGUUUCAGCACGAAAUUCGAAAGAAAACAAACAUUUUUACGAUGUUUUAGCUGAAUGUAGUGAAGAAAAUGUAAAUCAAAUGGCAUAUUUUGAUCAAUGUUUAUUAAGACAAAUAAAAACUGAAAUAUACAGUCACUAAUAUUCAAAAUGGCUGCAAGAGACCUUUCUAAAACUUUUGAUGAAUUUGAAUCCGAAGAUCUGAGUGGGUUUGAAACGUCAGUUCCAACAGAUUUAACGUUAUCACCUGACAGAACUGAGCAUUAUGAAGAACGUAGAGAUAAGAAGUCCAAAAUCACAAAACAACUCAUUGAGAGGAAACAGUUAUCUCAUGACUUGCAACUUGUCAGGAUCGAACUUUCGCAGAAAAAUCUGCAGCUUGAAAACAUGAAAGCAGAAUCACUGCAGCGGGUAGAUGAUUUAGAAGAAAAGUUAAACGAUGAAAGGCAUCAAAAACAAAUUUUACAAGCACGUCUGGAAUCUCAGCUCACUAUUCAACAGGAAGAGUCGAGGAGACGGCAAGAGCUGAUCAAAGCUGAGCUUGAUGAGGUCAGAGAAAAACAACGUUAUCUUGAGGCAACAAAUGAAAGGUUGCAAGAAAGGGCUGGAAAUGUGAGAAGAUCUUUAAGAGAUUUAGAUUUAACAGAAGAAAAGUUUUAUGAGUUACGGUCUACCAGUGAUGAGGACUUGUCUCUAAGAGAUUAUGUUGCAGUACGUCUAUUUGAGCGUACAAAGCCAUUAGAAACAGAAAUUGAGCAGUUGCGUCUGAAAGUAAAGACAUUGGAAGAUACUGAUAGAAGUCAAGGGAAGGAAGUAUUAGACCUUCAAGAGAAACUUGAGGAGGAAAGGCAAGCUCAUGGUGAACUAAGGGUGAAGUUCCAGAAACUAACAUUGUCAUAUGCAGACACCAAGAAUCAGGUCAAGGUUGAUGAUUACAAAGUGGAGAAUUAUGACAGAGUAAAAGGGGAGAGAGAUAAUUUUGAGAGGGAUGGUUUGGAUGUACAUAGACAGUUAUCAACACUGGAAGCCACUCAUCAGAAUGUUGUCAGAGAAAGGGAUGAACUCAGUAGAGAGCUAUCAGCCGCCCGUCAGUCACUGUCACUGUUAAAGCAGGAUAAGGAAUAUUUGACACGACAAUGUGCUGACAUUGCAAACAGGAAUCAGUUUGCGGAGGAGAAGAUGCAGCACAUUAAUAUGCAGCUUGAUGAUGCUAAACGAUCCAGGGAGGACAUGUAUGAAAAAUAUGUCUCCUCAAGAGAACAGUAUAAGUCUGAAUAUGAAAACAAGCUUCGAGAAGAACUAGAGCAGAUACGUGUACGAACAAAUGGGGAGAUUGAUAGGUUACGUACAAGCAGCAAGGAGAUGUACGAGAGGGAGAAUAGGAAUUUACGGGAGGCUAGAGACAUGGCAAUAUCAGAGAAGGAGAGAGCCCAGGCAGCUGAGAGAGAAACAAGUACCAAAUAUGAACAGAUUUUACAAGAGUUACGGCAGUUACAGCUCAGUGGAGACAGUAGAGUAUCUGAUACAGCUAAUGAACUUAAACUGAAGACAUUUGAGUUGGAGAGAACACAACUGUUACAGGAGGAAACAGUGAAAAAUUUCAAAGAAACUCAACUUGAAGUGGAGAAAUUAACUAAAAAAGCUGAGGUGUUAACAAAAGAAUACUACAGUCAACAGACGGGGUUAGAGAAGAGAAUUGCCGAGUUGGAGUCAGCAUUACAAGAGAAAGAUGGGAGACUUAAAACAUACGAGAAAUUAGAACAAGAGCUUGAUGAUGUAGUCAUGCAGGCGGCUGAAGUUGAUAAUGAAGAAGAAGCAGAGAAGGUUUUGUUUUCCUAUGGAUAUGGUGCUAAUGUUCCCAGUACAGCAAAGAGACGACUUCAACAAAGUGUACAUCUAGCAAGAAGAGUCCUUCAAUUAGAGAAAAUUAACACACUGUGUAAACAAGAUAUAGAAAGAGAAAAGAAGAAAGUUCUUCAAUUAGCAGAGGAGGUAAAGAGUGCCAAUAACCUAUUAGACCAAGCCCAGCAGCCAUAUAACUACCUGAUAGAAAGUAUGAGAACACGAGAUUCACAAAUAUCUAAACAGAGAGAAUAUAUCGCUUCCCUAGAGGAGGAAACACAACGAUUAGAAAAAGAGAAAGCCGAGAUUUCCAAAACAAAAAAUCAGAUGGCACUUGACCUGGAGAGACUUCUUAAUCAACGAGAGGAGAUGUCGGUGAUGAAGCAGGUUGUACUCAAUCUUUCUACACGUCGCCAUGGUGAAAAGAAAACGAGCAUGCGAGACCAUGCCAAACCAAAGAGUGCAUCUAUACAUAUACCACAUGGAUCAUUUGAAACCUACGAUGAACCUAAUGUGUCCAAGCCAGGAUCUAUAUCAUUGACAAGAAGUUCACCUCCUAAAUGGUCUAAGAAGUUAAAGAACAAGAAUGAAUCUCAGUCAACAAAUUAUUCUAGAGUUUAUGCCACUGCCACAUCCUGAAGGCUGUCUUGAACAGAUGCUAUAGAUAUAUAUAUUGUAUACAACAGCAUGGCUAGUUUACGGACAUGAAAUAAAUUUUCUGAAAAGUGGUUAAUGUAACAUUAAGCAUUUAAUUUGUAACUGUAUAACAAAGUCUGUGAAGGAAAAUUGUUUGUGAUAAAGCAUCACUUUUCUACUUUUUGAGUCAUGAAUACAUUAUAGUGGAUACAUAGAAACUUCUUGUUUCAGUCAUUUAACCUCUGACAGACUAUAAAAGGCAUAUUUUAUUUAUAUACUGUAUUUAACAUGUAGACUUUUUGACAUCCAGUGGUGUAAUUUAAACUAUGAUAAACUGACCUGUAAUUUUUAACUCGAUUUUGUUUUUUCCCAAAAAAACUUAUCUAAUAUGGUAUGACAUAAGUGUCUUAAAGUUAAUUAUUACUUGUAUAAGGGAUUGAUUUUAUAAUCAGGAUUUUACUGCUAUAUAAAUAUGUUCUUUCGUGUUUCUCUUUAAACAGAGACUAUUUCAUAUGAACUAUUAAGUUAAAACAAGUUGUUUUGGGGCAAAAAUUUUAAAGUCCAUGUUUUAUACAUCAACAGCAGGUUAUAUCUCCUUCUUUGGAUAUAGAACUUAGUUGAUAAAAUAAUGUAAAGAAGAAAUAAAAAGUUUCAAACAUUUUAAAAGAAGUAAAUAAUACAAAGAGUUUGUACGAGUUCAAUUUAUUGUUUAUACAUGUAGUUGUUUUUAGGAACAAAUACUUCUUUGAUUAUAAUACUAA